UUUUUUCCCCCAGUGGGGACAGCGCCCUCGGUACCACAAGGAUCCUCCAUGUCUCUUCAUUUUAACCCUCCUUAGCAAGUCUGGCAAGCCCGUUGGACCAAGAAACUGCUUUUAUCAACCUUUUACCUUCCACAGUGUCYGGUACAGGAGAGAUCUGAAUGUGAGGCUCAGGGAGCUGCUCCCAGUAGGAGCUUCCUGUUUCUCACAGAAGUGGGACAUUUGUCUUCUCCCAAGGAGAAAGUCUGAAGAAAGUCUGUGUGUUCACCCUUACCUAAGAGCAUGGAGAAGCUAAUAUCCGAAAGCCCUGCUUCUGUUCCCAAGGCUGUAACAGAUACAAACUCGUGCCCUUACCUGCCUGGCAAGUAUUUCCUCUCUGGUGCGAAGGACAACGAGAGCUGUAAGGCUUCUGACAAUGAAAGGAAGUGGAUUCGUCCUGAUACCCCUAGCAAAUGCACCUGGAAGCUUGGGAAGCCCCUCUCCGCCUCCCCACAUCGUCAUAUCACUAUGUCAGAGCCUCCAAAAAUCCUGCCCAACAUCCUGAAUAAGGUUGGAAAUACACCCCUGGUGCGAAUCAACAAGAUUGGGAAGUACUUCGGGCUGAAGUGUGAGCUCUUGGUAAAAUGUGAGUACUUCAAUGCCGGGGGCAGUGUGAAGGACCGCAUCAGCCUGAGGAUGGUAGAAGAUGCUGAGAGAGCUGGAAUCUUGAAGCCUGGAGACACCAUCAUAGAGCCAACUUCUGGAAACACAGGAAUCGGGCUGGCCUUGGCUGCAGCAGUGAAGGGCUACCGCUGUAUCAUUGUGAUGCCAGAGAAAAUGAGUAUGGAGAAGGUGGAUGUCCUGAGGGCCCUGGGUGCUGAGAUUGUGAGGACACCGACUACUGCCAGAUUUGACUCUCCUGAGUCUCAUGUGGGAGUAGCAUGGAGGCUGAAAAACGAAAUCCCUAAUGCCCAUAUCCUAGACCAGUAUCGUAAUGCCAGCAACCCCCUGACACACUAUGACACCACGGCUGAAGAGAUUCUGCAGCAAUGUGAAGGAAAAAUAGACAUGUUUGUGGCUACAGCUGGCACUGGAGGAACCCUCACUGGCAUUUCCAGAAAGCUCAAGGAGAAGUGCCCAGGAUGCAAAAUUAUAGGUGUCGAUCCUGAAGGCUCCAUCCUUGCUCAACCUGACGAGCUGAACAAGACKGACAAGACAAUGUACGAAGUGGAAGGAAUUGGGUAUGACUUUGUCCCCACAGUGCUGGAUAGAUCUACAGUGGACAAAUGGUACAAGAGCAACGAUGAAGAAUCAUUUACUCUUGCUCGCAUGAUGAUCCGAGAGGAAGGACUCCUGUGUGGYGGCAGCUCGGGCAGCGCCAUGUCUGUAGCUGUGAAGGCGGCCAAAGAACUGAAGGAAGGUCAGCGCUGUGUCGUCAUGCUCCCCGACUCUAUCAGGAACUACAUGUCCAAGUUCUUGAGCGAUAAAUGGAUGAUUCAGAAGGGGUUCAUGAAAGAAGAAGACCUUGUUAAAAAACCUUGGUGGUGGAACAUCAGUGUUCAGGAGCUAAGCCUCUCGGCUCCCCUGACUGUGCUUCCAACUGUUACCUGUGCAAAGACAGUUGAAAUCCUCCGAGAGAAAGGAUUCGACCAGGUACCAGUUGUUGAUGAAUCUGGGGUGAUCUUGGGCAUGGUUACCCUAGGUAACAUGCUUUCCUCACUGCUUGCUGGAAAAGUUCAGCCUUCAGAUGAAGUCAGCAAAGUAAUAUACAAGCAGUUCAAGCAGACAAAUAAUCAAGUGUCAGGUGAAAAUGUGAUUAACCUGAAAGACAACUUGGGGAAACUUUCUCAUAUCCUGGAAACAGAUCACUUUGCUCUAGUGGUCCAUGAACAAAUUCAGUAUCACACAGAUGGUUCAUCCAGCCAGCGGCAAAUGGUGUUUGGGAUCGUAACAGCCAUCGACCUCCUCAACUUUGUGACUGCCCGGGAACGGGAAAGGAAGUCCAACUGAAGUCCUGCAGCUACCUGGAGCCUCUUCAACAGCAUUUUGCAAUCACUAACCAAGAAUCAGGUUUAUUGGGGGGGCUAGAAUAGGCUGCUGCUAGGGUGGGGGGAUUUUGUUCUGUUCUAAUUCUGAAAAUAAGCGUUACUAGCCUUGUGUCAGCUCUACAGCCAGCACGUUUUACAGUAUUGCACAGCGGCUGGGGAUGCAUUUCUUAAUCAGGUUACACAAUCUUUCUUGUUGAGACAAACUUAUUUUUUUACCUAUAUAUAUGCAUAUAUAUAUAUGCAAGAAUAUUACUUAAAUUAACUGGUGUGUUCCUUGUUUGUUAUGUUUAAAGUCUGGCUUUCCAAAACAUUGUUUUAGAUUCAUUGAAGGUGAUGGAAAGAAAGGCACUGAAGCAGAGGCCCAAGAGCUCUGGAAAGUUUUGUCUGUGCAAGGGAGUUAGGUUAGGAAAUACCUGUGUGAAAACAAAAGCAGAGGCUUAGGGCAGGGGAAGAAGGGAAGCAUUUUUCUGACAUCGGGGCAAAACAAAGGACAGGAUUCAGAGGGCUGGAAUUAAGUUAUUUUUCACCUAGCUGCUGUAGCUUAUUUGACUGCCAGUUUGACAGUGCAAUGACCAAGUAAUGACUAAAUUUUAGCAGAACUCUCACUGCAAAGACCAACUUUUAUUUUCUUGCAAUUGUACCUUGAUAAGUAAGUACAAAUGAAAUGGAAAAAAAAAUUAAAUCAGAUUAAACUUACUGCCUGAAUGUUAAUAUUUUCUUGAUUAUGCUGUUACAUGCAGUAUCUUCUACUUCCCACCAGCUCUUAUCUUGAGUUUUUCUUCCUAGUGCCGGUUUUACAAAAGUCCAAAGCUAAUCCAUCAAGAGCUGUAAAAUCCUUAAAUUCUUUUCAAGUGCUUCUGAUCCCAGAAAAAAAGAAAUCUUUCUUCCAAGCUUGGAAGUAACUGGCCAACAUGGGGUGGACUUGAUCGGUCAUAAGCACAAGAGUAUUGUGCAGUGGGUGGGUAAUCCCAAACUUCAGCCCUUCCAGAACUAGCUGGAUUUUCAGUGUGUUGGACAGAGGUCACGGUGGCAGUGGGUUGGCCCUAGCAGCCCAGUCCACACCGUGCUGUGCCCGGGCUGCCAGUUCCUCUUGGAACUGCUGUUGAUGAUGGGUGGAAUCACCACACGGUCCCAGAAGAAAAGCAGCCACCCUUUGUGUUUUAGUCCUAACUGGCUGCUUUUCCACCCUCUGUGCCCUCUACCCCUGCCUGUUGGGUUUGUUUUACCCUGAUGGUGCCUCUGGCAGUGGAUUUGCCUUCCAGUUUGGAAGUGAGCUCAGAGGAUAGAGGCUGUGGAAGCCCCCUUGCCCYACAGCAUUGGGCAGAGCCCUUGUGUGGCUGGGGGGAGCCAAGUGGCAGCAGUCGUGUUAAGCUGCUGCUUUCUCACCUCAGUUUUGUGAGUGUUGGGAGCCUUGUGGAAAUGACUGAAAAGCUUCCAGCUGGUGUCUGUUUGCCCUUUCAUGCUAGGCUGGGGCUGCUAAGCUCACUCCUCCCCUUAAUGAGUUAAUCCCUGUAGACAUUGGCUGUUCCUUCAGGUUGGGGCUAUUGCUGAAGUAAUGUGAUCCCUGGCCUUUCCUGAGCCCUUGCUUUCUUGAGUAAUGUGAGUAACAGACUGUGGACUAAAUAGAAAGGCUGGGAAUAGGAGGCCACUCMGCGGCAGUGAGAGGGGUGAGAAAGCAGAGUCAUUGAGGCCACUUGGCCUCCAACUUAGGUGGAGGCAGGUAGCCCUGGUUCACUUCAUUCCAGCCCCUAUGAGUYGGUGCUUUAUCCCUCCUAGCUAAACGUGCCUCAUAACUGCUGAAACUGAGGUGAGGAAGAGUAGAUAAAGAAUUGGGUCCAUCUUCCGAGGCCACUAGAACCUGGAUGAACCUCCUCAAGUUAGCUGUGUAGAAGCUGGACGUGGAGACUCAUCUCUGAUGCACUGGAGAGCAAAAAUGCCCUUCAGGAAUGAUUCAUCUUUGACACCUGUUGUAAAAUGGGUUUAUUACAGCAAAAAGAGAUGAGCCUUAAGCUGUGGUUUUAAGAUUGAAGGCAACUUUUCCUAAGGCUUUGGACUAAACAACUGUGGAGUUUAAACAUGUGCAGCUUAUGUUCUGAAGGAUGGGAGCCUUUUUCACCUGAGGCUUUGUGGUGAUUCAGUCCUCACUGUGCCUCUCACUGUAGUAGCAAGCCCAACUGGGCUGCUCUGCCAGCUGAAUGGAAAGCUAAAGUAUCAGGUGUGUAAAUGCGUUUAGGCACUGCUUUUGACUCUGGAUCAGCUUUUCAUAGAAUCACGGAAUCCUGAAGGUUGGAAGAGACCUUUGGAGAUCAUCUAGUUCAGCCUCCCCCACUGCACACACAAGGUCACCCUUUCCUAGCAGGGYAGUGUCUAUGUCACUGUUUGGCAGAUCAGAGUCAAUCAUCUUACAAACUGUACCUACRAGACCUUCCCCAAGGAGCUGUAAACAAUUUUAGUUCUUGCUCUUAUUUUGGGACAGGUCUGUGAAUAAUCAGGUAUCUCCCUAAAGUCCUGAGUAUUUCGGGCAAGCUUGUAAACCCCUUUCCCAAUGGUUUCAAUUACUGUUCUCAGCUCCCUUUUCAUGUCCAUUCUAACUCACCUGAAAGGAAGAAGGAGGCCCCAUUUCUUUGAAUAUUGGCAUUUUCACUGCCUUCUUUGGAUCCCACACUUUUGAGAGAACCUGUGCAUUUCACUAGAUCCCAUGACCUGAAGUGUUUGCUGCUGCUGUGGCUGUCACUGCUGCUAAAUUUUGCUAGAACUGCUGCUAUUAAAAAAAGAGUUGGUUAGAGCCAGUAAGGAAGAAGGGAUAUGAAAACAAAGCAAUCCAUGUAAGAUAAUUCCUGCAAGAUGAUAAACUUGCAUCCUGCAUUUCUGCUGUGCAGCUGCAGUUUGUUAGGACAGGGAAGCAUCUCCCAUGCUUAAACUGACACAAGGAGGAAAUUAUGGUCACCAGCCACUCCUAUUCGGUAGCAACCCUACAUGUAAACUGGGGAGUACUGGGGCAAAYGGAAUUGACUGGAAAGCUUUCCAGAGCUCUUUCCCUUGGUGGCAGCAAGGAGAAGGGGACAGGAAGGGGUCCUGCAAAGCUGAGCUUGAGCAAGAGGUGAUGAGUGCAGUGCUCCUCCACGGGUGUAAGAAUGUUCUUACCUGGUCCUAGCUAAUAGUGGUAGGGCUGCAUUCAUGUUUGCCUUAUUUGUUUCACAUACUGAUCUUUAAGACAAAGCUUCAGUCCAAAGCUUGAAUGGAAAUACACUUUUUCCUGAAUGUUGUGCCUGCAUCUUCUGUUUGUGCUGAUUAAGCUAAUUAAACUAUUARGUAAUUAAACUAUUUUUCAUAUGGAUAAAUAUGUAUUAUUUAUAUAAAUAUCAACAUUUUGUGCUCUAUUUGUAUGUCAAUAUAAGAACAUCCGUCCUUUUGGUUUAGUCUUGGCUCUGCAAAAAUACUUGUCUCACAGGAAGACAGUAAAAUCUGUAUAAUAUCCUGCAAGGAAUUACCAGGAACUGACCUAAGAAGCAUUUUGAAGUGACCAAGACUCUCUCCUGCUCCUUCCA